AUGAAUUUGAGUGAAAGAAUUGAUGAUCGGACUAGGGCGUACCCCCGAGGCGACGCGCAGGAGCAGCACCCGGCCACUGCGAGAAAUGGAAAAGGGUUGUUGCACCACAACGGGCGGGUGCAACGUAAGAAGCAAGUCCAAAAAAUAAGAGAAGUAUGUAUGAGGUGUGUUAGUUGGAAUGUAGGUUCAAUGACUGGAAGAGGAAGAGAGCUAGCGGAGGUAUUAAAGAGGCGAAGAAUAAAUGUGGCGUGUGUACAGGAGACUAAAUGGAAAGGAGCGAAAACUAAAGAGAUUGGGGAAGGAUAUAAGUUUUACUACAUAGGAAAUGAUGGAAAACGGAAUGGGGUUGGAAUAGUGCUAGAUAAUGAACUGAAAAAUUGUGUGACAGAUAUAAAAAGGAUAAGUGAUAGAAUAAUAGCUGUGAAAGUGAUAGUCGAGAGCAUGAUUCUGAAUGUCAUUAGUGUGUAUGCUCCUCAGACAGGAAGUGAUGACGAUGUGAAAGCAAUGUUUUGGGAAGAUUUUGAUGGCUUGAUGAUAAGUAUCCCAGAAAGUGAAGAGCUAUAUGUUGGGGGUGAUUUUAAUGGACAUGUAGGCGUACAAAAUGUAAACUAUGAUAGGGUUCAUGGGGGGAGGGCAAUUGGCAACCGAAACGAGGACGGCGAAACUUUAUUGGAAACUGCUUCCGCAUUUGACCUAGCUAUAAUAAACACUUGGUUUAAGAAGAAAGAGGAACACCUUAUCACCUAUAAAAGUGGCCAGUAUGCGACACAAAUAGACUUUUUCCUGACGAGAAGAAACAAGUUACUACUGUGA